UUUAAAUGGCCUUCGAAAAGUAGCCUUGACUUUCAAGUUCCAUCUUCCUUUCUCUUAUCCUAUUAUCGAGUAGUAUGGCUUUUAAAUAUAGUUAUGCUGCAUUAAUACUCCUUUUGCUCCACAUCAAAGCUGGAAGUUAUCCUCAGGGGGCUCCUACGGAUACAUGCGAUACAAUAAGCCCUGCGAGAAGUCUUAGCUUACCGCUGCAGAUGAAUGAUGCGCCCUAUGUGUUACUACAAACAAGUGUUUCAUACAAACCAGGUCAAGUAAUAAAUGUGAAUAUACAGCGACUGACAACUCAUUCGACCUUCGAGGGUUUCUUGGUACAAGCAAUCGACAAAAUGACCGGAAGGCUGAUUGGUCGGUUCUUAGACGCUGAUGGUCUCUAUCUGAUGGAUGAAUGCUCAGCUGUUACUCACAAAAACAACAAACAAAAAACUGCGGUCCAUUUAGCGUGGGUAGCUCCACUCAACCAGAGAGGUGACGUAAUCUUCAGAGGUACAAUAAUCGAGAGAAAAAACAAAUAUUAUGAAGGCCUGAUAUCUCGCUUAGAACCCUCAAGAACAAGAAAAUCUUUGUUUGAUGUCGUUGUGCGUUUAGUCUCCGAACGCAAUGACACAUGAUGGAAAAUACUUCAAUAAAACCUAAACAAUUUUAUAUAUAUGUAAUUGUAUAUUUUUUUUAAACAUUGGAACUUAAAUAUAGUCAGAAUUGUUGUAUUUAAUGUAUAGUGCUUCUAAUGAAAUUUUUAUUAAAUAAUAAAGACAUAUCGAAAUAAUCAAAUGGGGAUUAAAAAAAUUAUAAUGUCUUCCUAAAACCUUAUGUUAGAUUCAGAAUAAAGUGACUGAAACUUUUUGUUU